UGGUAACCUCCACUAAACCCCCCUCGCUCUCCGUGUGUGCGCAGGUCCCCCCACCCCUCCCCUCAUCAGCCGUAAAGGCCACUGUGCGCAUGCACGGUCAGCCACAGCGAGCAUCGACACCAAGAUGGCGAGAACACGCCUGGCUCUCCUCCUGACGCUCCUUUCAACUUCGUGCUUCUGCACCGUGUCGGCUGUGGUGCUGAAAACCAAGAAUUCCAACCCGUGGACCAAUGAGUUUGACAGCAUCGAGCUCUCCUGUGUCAUUGAAUCCAUUUCUACAACCAAUCCUCGGAUUGAGUGGAAAAAGAUAACAAGCGAAGGGCCGAGUUAUGUCUACUUCAACAAGAGGAUCUCGGGUGACCUGGAGAACAGAGCUGAGAUUCAUACCAUGUCCACGCUCGUGAUCAAGAACGCCACCAGAUCAGACACGGCCAAAUAUCGCUGUGAAGUCACGGCGGCCGACGACCUCAAGUCCUUUGACGAGAUCCUCAUCGACCUUGUUGUGAGAGUGAAGCCGGUGGUGCCCAAGUGCAGAGUUCCCAAGGCGGUGCCGUUCGGGAAGUCAACGGAGCUUAGCUGUGUGGAGGAGGAGGGCUUCCCCCGGUCUCAGUACAAGUGGUUCAAGAACCAGGAGGAGGUUCCUUUGGACCCAAAGACCAGCCCCAAGUUCUUCAACUCAUCGUACACGCUCAGUGCAGAGACGGGAGCCCUGAAAUUCGCAGCAGUCCGGAAGGAGGAUGCAGGAGAGUAUUCCUGCAGGGCGCAGAACGAUGCCGGGUUCGCAGAGUGCCCCCCCCAGAAGAUGGAAGUCUAUGACAUCGACAUCGUGGGCAUCGCUCUGGGGGUGUUGGUGGUGGUGGUGGUUCUCCUGUGUAUCACGGUGGGGAUCUGCUGCGCCUACAGGCAAGGCUACUUCUCCAGCCAAAAGCAGACAACCAACAAUUACAAGGUUCCAGCUAAAGGAGACGGGGUGGACUACGUCAGGACAGAGGACGAGGGAGACUUCCGGCACAAGUCCUCGUUUGUGAUCUGAGCGGGACAGGCGGCGGGACGGGCGGCGGGACGGGCGGCGGGGCCGUCGCUGGGCGGAGGCUGCACCGGCGGAGCUGUCGGGCUGCGGAGCCGCUUCUUCUUGCUCUGACUGAAUCCAACCACUCUGACUUGCCAAAGCUGUGGAAACCCGCAGACAUUUGGUCUGGCUCACAGGGAUAAUUUAACAGUUUCAUCUUCAACUGAGUUCAUUUGCUAAAUUAUGAUUGUUACCGAACGGUUUGGAAAACUAACAGGAGCAGAGCAGGAGGAAGGCCUCUGCUCCAGCGGGGGGAGGAGGAGGUGGAGGUCCAGUCCGUCAUCACGACUUUCUAUUGUAAAAAAUUGUGCGUCUGCCAUUUGUAUAACAUUUCUUUUCUACUGUUGAAAUUUGUCAGACUAUUUUUGAUGGAAUAUAUUUUAAACUUCCUAUAGAUAAAUGUUUACUUUUUUAAGCGUCUGUAAAAUACUAACGUUUUCUUUGUGGAUAAAAGUAUUUAACACUUGCUGUGAGAGAGAGCAGCUGCAUAGCAGGAUGUGCGUCUUCCAUAUGUUCUGCUGUCAGGGCUCCAUGUUGAUGUCUGUAGAUAGUCGUAGAAAUGCUGUGGGGGCGGGGCGCUCACAUGCUGUCAACCAGCUGGGUUUCAUUCAUUAAGUGUCCUUUCAGGUCUUGUACAAAGUCUGCCAGUCACACAGUAGAAGUUCAGCCACCAUGAGUGUCGGUUACCUUCCAGGUCUGAUGGCUGAUGAUGGAGCAGCUCUGACACCUGAGCUCACAGCCCAGGAGUUCUAACCACCAUCCAUUUCUCAUUCUGAUAAAACACAAAGACACAACAGCUGCAAGCAUCCCAAAUCCUGGCCCAUAAAGCAGGAGCUGUUCUGUAGGUCACACUCUGAACCUGGACCCACUACAGCUCUCCUGGAUCCCACCGGAUUUCUUUAGUCUUUGUUUGGCUUCACGCGGUACAGACAGUUCCUGCUGAAGGUCUGGAGCUGUCUCUGAUGGUAAAUAGUAGUCUGAUGCCCCCCCCCUCAAGAUGAUGUAAAGUAGGGAUAAGUGAAAUGGAGGCGAUAUGAAACUCUUUCCAUGUGAGACGAGGGAAGGUGCAGACACUCCAAACGAUGAAGAUGAGGGCAAAGCGGCCCCUCCCAGCUGCUCACCUGUGACCUUCAGCUGAAGCCUUCCAGUCAUGGUAGAGAAGAUGAGCCGACAUCUGCCCUACAGCCAACAGCAGCCUGUGUCCUGCAGAGGGCGCAGCUGAGCAUCAGGAAUCUCCCCUCAGUUGUAAAAAGUUCAUUCCUCUUAAGUGCCUUUCCUUCCAGCUACGCUCUGUCAUGACCCCCCCCCCCCCCCCAGAGGACAGUUUUCCUUCAGGAGCAUGGCGUUUGAGAGGAAUGAUGUCACUACAAAUAUCUGCUCUCCUGCUUUACAUAUCUUGUGUAAAUAGAUCUGCAUAGGUUUGAGGAAUAAAUAUUAGUGCCUACUUUCAGUGUGUUUGGUGAAGACGAGAAAAUCCUAAAAAAGAAGGGGUGGAGGGCAGAGACAGGACCUCCUGUUUGCGUCAGGGGGGUCUUCAUCAGGAGUCUGUCAGCAGAGCCCCCACCCUAAAGGGGGCUGCUGCAUCUGAACCACAUCUGCUUGUUUUUCUUCAUUUUAGACAUUAAAUAAAACUCACUUCAUACUUAC